GUCUGAGUUUGGGGCACGGUGAGGAAGGUGCUGGACGGGGGUUAGGUGAAGGACGGAGGUUAGGUGAAGGAUGGGGUGGUGGUCGGAGGAUGGCUAAAGUCCUCCCAGCCCCACUUACUCACGGUGGCAGCGGCGACACUCCAGUCUAAGAGCAGCCGGGUUCGAGAGCCAGGAGGGCUGGGGCUGACCCGCUCGGGGUGAGGGGGAGGCCGGGGGGCCGAGGGGGCCGGAGGCCGGGACGAGUGCAAUAUUGGCGGGGGAAAGAACAACACUGCACCGCGUCCCGUCCCUCCCGCCCGCCCGGGGCCCGGAAUCCCGCUCUCCACCGCCUGAAGCCGGACCAGCCCGAGAACCCGGGACGCGCUGGGGAGUUAGGUUCACCUUGGAGGCCAGAGAGACUUGGCGCCCGGAAGAGGGUGAAGGGGGUGGUAAGGGUGGGGGGAGAAGGGGAGAAGGGGAGACCGCGAUAUCCCGGAAGGCCGCUUUCAGACGCCGGGGCGUUGCGCGCGCUUGCUCUUUAAAUACUCAGGCUGCGCGGCGCGGAGCCGUCGCCAUGGUGACGCGUGUCCCAGCAACCGAACUGAAUGGCUAUUGCUUGGCAACGCCCGGGGUUGAAGUUUUGGGGCCGCCCACCUAGAUACUCGCCCUUUCUCUAGCCGGCGGGUAGGGGUGCUUCCCCGCCUCCGGCCCGCGCCCGGGCGCGAUGACGUAAACGCCCUCCGGCCCCGAGCCCGCCCCCGGGUCUGGCUGCCGCACAGUGCCGCGCCAAGCCGGCGGAGUCGCGCGCGUCUGGGAUCUGUGGUCCCUCUCCUCUUUCCCGGCUUCCCUGCAAUCCCGCCGGACCGAAGUGUUCGUAAAAUUAAUUUCUCAAUCUGUUUUCUUUGGGGCUAAGAAUUGUUUCCUAAUGAGGACGUAAUUGCUUCUGUCGGUCUAGACCGCAGCCCAGGACCUCUGGAUGGGACUCGAUAAGCUCCAUGUGCGCCGUUGUGGCCCCAAGUACUCCUUGGUCCCACAUGUUUCUGCCCUUCAGAAUAUCACUUGGUCUUCCCAAAUCAUGCGCGCUCACAAACGGUUUUGCACCACCCCCAUCACCUUGUGCCCACCGGCCCCAAAUACCACUAUACUCUGCAAAGGAUAGUUCCGUGCCCCUAAAUACCAUUCUGUCGCCCCACCUAUUCUCUGCCUCAUAAAUACGUAACUAAUCUGUCCCAUUCUCCCUCCCACAUUCCGCUGCCCUCGCCAAAUACCUCGGUGCCCCUUCCGUGUUAACUCUGGAUCCCACCCACUUAGCGCCAUUUCCUCCAGACACCGCCCCCACGCGCCUGAGUCCCCUGCUAAAGCUCCCAGCCCCUCCGUCGAUGGUACAGCGUGUUCCUCCCCUUCUUGUGCAAGCCACUGCUUCUUUCGGCCCGGGCCUGCCCUCCCCAGCCUCUCUCUGCCCCCACUUAGUCAGCGCCACCCAACCUCCUCUCCCCGGACGAGGCAGCCCCUCAGCCCGCUCGGGCAGGCCCGGUGAGGCUCCCGGUGACCGCUAGAGGGCAGGAGAGCCCAGCCAGCGAGCCGCCGCUACAAGGUGGAGGACUGGGAAAGCAAAGACCCUAGGGUUCGGCCGAACCCAGAUUUCAUAUUUCUUUAAGUGGAAAUUUCUUCCCCCGCCCCCUUCUCGGGAGAAAGUCAAAGAAGGAACUCAGGCUGCUGGAAAGGCCGGCAGGGGCCGGGACUGUGGGUUUCAGGGUAGAACCGUGUGUGGAAUGGGACAGGAAGCGGUUAGAAGAGUGGGGCUGUUCCGGGAAGUAGUGGGGGAGGAGGGGGUCCAAAACUAGCACCUAGUUUACAGAUUAUGGAGCCUUCCCCUUCCUUCUCAGCCCCCAGAGUGGGACUCCAAGGGACCCAGGGAGAAUGGGGCAAUGGUGCGGGGGACCUGAGGAUGAGCUUCCCGGCCUUGCCGUGCAGGACUUUGACUUAGCCCACUUUCUCUGUUACUUUUCUCACCUUGUCUGUUGUCCUGAGGCUAAAAUAGGACCAUGGGGACCCAGGUCAGGUUCCAGACUCCCUCCACCGCCUUCUGGAGCCAGGGAGUGGUUGGUGAAAGGGGGAGGCCAGUUGGAAAACAAACAGGUUGUCAGAGGGUUGAGUGAUUGGAGCCCACUUACCCUAUAUGAGGGUCCAGGAAUGGUUGGGGAGGAAGAGGAAGAGGAAGAGGUAGGAGGUAGGGAAAGGGGGAGGAGGCGGAGCUUUGUCACCUGUCACCUGCUCUGGCUGAGCCUAGGGCGGGCAUGGGGGGGGGGGACCGGUAUAAAGCAGCAGGCGCCUGUGCCUGCUCCACCACACGCGCACUUGCCUGCCUGAGUCUGUUCUGCCCCCUCCCCACCACUUGGCCACCACCAUGACACCGGACAUCCAGGCCCCUUUCUUCUUCCUGCUGCUGCUAUUCCUUACAGUCUCUGCUACAACCAAAAGCACAAGUCCACAGCCUUUGAGUGACCAAAGCCCUGCCUCAACCUCUGCUGCCCCCACCAGCCCUGCCUCAGGCUCGACUGCCCCUCCGACCCCUGGUGGUACCUCACCCCGGGCCACCAGUGGCGCCUCACCUCUGACCACCAGCCCUGCCUCAGGCUCGACUGCCCCCACCAGCCCUGCCUCAACCUCUGCUGCCCCCACCAGCCCUGCCUCAGGCUCAACUGCCCCUCCGAUCCCCAGUGGUACCUCACCCCGGGCCACCAGUGGCGACUCACCUCCGACCACCAGCCCUGCCUCAGGCUCGGCUGCCCCCACCAGCCCUGCCUCAACCUCUGCUGCCCCCACCAGCCCUGCCUCAGGCUCAACUGCCCCUCCGAUCCCCAGUGGUACCUCACCCCGGGCCACCAGUGGCGACUCACCUCCGACCACCAGCCCUGCCUCAGGCUCGGCUGCCCCCACCAGCCCUGCCUCAGGCUCAACUGCCCCUCCGAUCCCCAGUGGUACCUCACCCCGGGCCACCAGUGGCGCCUCACCUCCGACCACCAGCCCUGCCUCAGGCUCAACUGCCCCUCCGAUCCCCAGUGGUACCUCACCCCGGGCCACCAGUGGCGACUCACCUCCGACCACCAGCCCUGCCUCAGGCUCGGCUGCCCCCACCAGCCCUGCCUCAACCUCUGCUGCCCCUCCGAUCCCCAGUGGUACCUCACCCCGGGCCACCAGUGGUGACUCACCUCCGACCACCAGCCCUGCCUCAGGCUCGGCUGCCCCCACCAGCCCUGCCUCAGGCUCGACUGCCCCCACCAGCCCUGCCUCAGGCUCGACUGCCCCCACCAGCCCUGCCUCAACCUCUGCUGCCCCUCCGAUCCCCAGUGGUACCUCACCCCGGGCCACCAGUGGCGACUCACCUCCGACCACCAGCCCUGCCUCAGGCUCGGCUGCCCCCACCAGCCCUGCCUCAGGCUCGACUGCCCCCACCAGCCCUGCCUCAGGCUCGACUGCCCCCACCAGCCCUGCCUCAACCUCUGCUGCCCCUCCGAUCCCCAGUGGUACCUCACCCCGGGCCACCAGUGGCGCCUCACCUCCGACCACCAGCCCUGCCUCAGGCUCGGCUGCCCCCACCAGCCCUGCCUCAACCUCUGCUGCCCCCACCAGCCCUGCCUCAGGCUCAACUGCCCCUCCGAUCCCCAUUGGUACCUCACCCCGGGCCACCAGUGGCGCCUCACCUCUGACCACCAGCCCUGCCUCAGGCUCUGCUGCCCCCACCAGCCCUGCCUCAGGCUCAGCUGCCCCCACCAGCCCUGCCUCAGGCUCGACUGCCCCUCCGACCCACAGUGGUACCUCACCCCGGGCCACCAGUGGCAACUCACCUCCGACCACCAGCCCUGCCUCAAGUUCAGUUGUCAUUACAGCACAUGAGGGCACCUCUUCCAAGAUUACCAUGACCCAAGCCAGCAAGGGCACUCCAUCCUCAGUUCCCAGCUCUUAUACUCCCACCAUUUCUGCCAGCCACAUUACCAGGACAACCGCCAGCAGCACUAACCAGAGCAUAGUACCUCCCUAUGCUCCCACCUCCUCCAGUAAUAAGACUUCUCAGCAGUUGCCUAUUAGGGUCUCCCUGUUCUUCCUGUCUUUUCGCAUUACGAACCUCCAGUUUAACUCUUCCCUGGAAAAUCCCAGCACCAGCUACUACCAGAAGCUGCAGAGAAUCAUUUCUGUAUUGUUUGUGCAGACUUAUAAACAAGAGGAUUUUCUGGGCCUCUCAGAUAUCGAGUUCAGGCCAGGAUCUGUGGUGGUAAAAUUAACCUUGGUCUUCCGAGAGGGGACCACUGCCCACGACGUGGAGAGACAGUUUGGUCAGCUUGCAGCAGCAGCAGUCAAAUGUAACCUGACCAUCAGUGGAGCUAGUGUGUGUGAUGCAUCAUUUCCUUCCUCUGCCCAGUCUGGGUCUGGGGUGCCUGGCUGGGGCAUUGCCCUUCUGGUACUGGUCUGUGUUCUGGUUGCCCUGGCCAUCAUUUAUCUCAUUGCCCUGGUUGUGUGUCAGUGCAGACAAAAGAACGAUGGGCAGCUGGACCUCUUUCCAAUCCAAGAUGCCUACCAUCCUAUGAGCGAGUACCCCACCUACCACACCCAUGGGCGCUAUGUGCCCCCUGGCAGUACCAAACGGAGCCCCUUUGAGGAGGUUUCUGCAGGCAACGGUGGCAGCACUCUCUCUUACGCGAACCUGGCAGCCACUUCCGCCAACUUGUAGGGGCACGUUGCCUGCUGAGCAUCCAGCCAGCGCCAACUGCCUCCCUGGGUUUCUUCACUGCUGCAGCCCCCGCCUUGCCCCCAACUCUGUUCUGGGCUGGUGAGCUGGGCGUUCAGGCGGGCUGCCCACAGUCUCCCUCACCUAUCUUAGCCCUGGCAAGCCCAUCCGAGCCCCUGGGGACAAGCCUGAGGCAGUGGCUCCCAGGAGGACUGGCCCAGACAGCUCAGAGAUGGGAGUGGGAACCUGAACAUGGCUGAAUAAAACUCGGGCCUCCUCUGCGCUGACCG